AUGACCUACGAACAAAGAUUCACCAUUGCUCCAUUAAAGAAACCACCGGAAGUGACACUAGUGCGGGAUCGUAUUUGGUUGUCGUAUAUCAGGAAUGCUUUAGGAUACAUCAUGCCGUCUUGUAAUCCACACACGUGUAAAGAUGAAAAGGGGGUUUUUAAACUUCUGGGAAUAACCCUUAUUACAUACUUCCUGAUUAUGGACAUUAUCAUGUUUGUAUCGCUACAGAAAACACCAGCACUACCUGACACUAAACCAGCAGUUCCUGGUCACUACUCCGUCUUCAGUCCCUUAACUACCAAACAUCUUAUGACAGACCAUGUUACCUUAUAUAUUAUCAACCCAAGUGUAGAGUAUUUUGAAUCAAUCACCAAUUUCAGUUCCGUCUUCUCCUUCAUAACGCCUAAUAUUAUUAGUUUUUUUCAUCUUUUAGUUGUUGCUCCCAUAAGCAUGAAACUAGUGUCUUCUCUAAACCUUACUGUCAGACGUAUCGGAGCUUGCUUCUUUAUGUUCCGGUCGUGGUUGGACACGCUGGACGGUGUAGUGUACCGUAGUCGGAAAGGAAUGGGCCGUAUGUAUCAUUCUGAAAGAAGUAGCAGUGGAUAUCUUGUCGACGCAGUGUGUGAUGGACUUGGUGGUGUUUUGUUCUCUUUUGGAAUUUUGUUUUAUUUUUUUAAAAUUGUGGACAGUAAGGCAAGUGAACUGCCUUACACGAAACUAGCUACAAGUGAAAAUGGAACGAACCACAAUAAUAACAACAAUUCAACGAACCCCGUUACGAGUUAUAGUAAAUGUAGGCUCUUUUGGAAAAUGUGGUGUGCUGGUUUUUUAGUGGGAGUGGCAGCGUCAGCGUGGGAUUUUUCAGUCGAAAAUAUGAAAAUAGUUUUUAGUACAAAAUUAACAGACCCUAAAUUAACUGCAUUACAAACUGAAUAUUUACAUUCAAUAACAACAUGGUGUGUUAUGUGGUUAUGGAGGCUGUGUGAAGGACAGAUAUUUUUUGUUUAUAUGUGCUGGUCCAUAUUUGUAGAUAAAGUUUGGGAAUAUGUGAAUUUUGUACAAUAUAUAGGUUAUCUAGUAGUUUUUACUGUAUUUAUGAUAAAUUUCUUUUAUAUUAGACAUAUGAAAGCAGCUUUACAUAUAUUAUGAAAAUAACACGAUAUCACCGUCCAUGAUUUAUUUUCUAUAUCAUUCUUGUUGUGCUCGAUUUUGGUUGUUGUUGAGGUUGACUGGCUUUCAACUAGAUAGUUUUUUUUAGUGAUUAACAAAUGGAUUUAGGGAUGAUUAUAUUCAUAAAUUAUUAAUUGUUGAAUUUGCACAACUGGAUGUCGAAUUCAAUUUUUCAUAUGGGUCAUUACACUAGCCAUCCAUGAUCAUACAAAAUGUUUCUAUAAAUCAUGUUCAAGAACAAUGAAGAGUCAAAAAUGUCCAAUCAAAGACGAUGUAAAAAGUGGGUUAUCAUUUAAGCCAAAGUUUAUAAAUGAAUACACUAGAAUUCUUCACAAUGGCUUUGAACAUGUGCCGUAUUGCAACACCGUCAGAUCAUGGAUUGCUAGAAAACAUUGGACAAAACAUCUGUAUUUAAAUCAGAUGAUGAUCAGGAUGAGAAGGUGCAAUCCAUGAGCAUUAUUUUUCUUUUAAUAUUUUUGACUAACAGUUGAUAGCAAAUUCUUCAUCUGCUUUUGGAAAAAGUCAACGUUUAUUAUAGGGCGCUAUGUAUGCUAGUUGUGCAUUUCGUUGAAAAAGAAAUAAAUGCGUAUGAAGAAGGUCUUGAUAAUGUAAUUUCUUUUCUCGCCUAGACCGUAUAUUUUCUAAAUAGGCUAUAGGUUAGCAUUUACUGCAGUGAAUGUUGCUAUAAAAGGUGCCAUUUUGCAUUCUGACCAUUCGCUGGAAGCGAACGUUAACUUGUCAUCUACCAUUCUGACCAUAACUGCCACUGCUAGCUUAACAUGACAUUACUUUCAGCAUUUACAGCCCGUAUAUGAAAUAAACCGCUACUUGUUUAAAGUUUUUUUAACGAUGGAAAAGUGUAAUACAGUAUUUAUUUAUCCGUUUCUUGCCGACUAUUAACCAACCUGGUUAAGAUUGACACUAAUCUAUACUAUAUAUAUUUUAGGUUGUCGGCUAGAGGGUAAAGGUGAUUUGAUUUUUAGAUCUUUUCCGUUGGAAUAUUGUUUGUUUUUAUUUAAUGUUUCCAGACAUCUUUAAUUUUAAAUGGAAAACACACGUCUAAUUUAUGUUACCACUCUAAUCGCUAAUAAAAGUCAAAGGCUAGAUUUGGAAGUCACUUCAUCUCUGAGCUGACCUGG